AUGGAUGCUACCAAGCUAUCACUAGCUCCCAUGAUGGAAUACACUGAUCGACACUUUCGUCACUUGGUUCGUCUGGUUUCGAAAAAGACCCUGUUGUAUACCGAAAUGGUGGCUGCAAAUGCCCUUUGUCACGAGAGACGGAAUCAAGUAGAAGAGUAUCGUACAAACAAUGCCCUAGCAACCGAGGAAGAGGUACAAGAGAACUAUUCCGAUCAAUAUUUGCAACGCUACCUGAAACAAGGCAAGGUGGACCCACUAGAGGGAGCCUCGGUGCUGCAACUCGGGGGAAGUGAUCCAAAACAAAUGUACGAAGCAGCUGAAGUGGUCAUGGAUAUGGAAAAGCGUGGAUGGUGCGACUAUACGGCUAUUAAUUUGAACUGUGGGUGUCCGUCGCCCAAAGUUGCUGGCAAGGGAUGCUUCGGUGCUGCCUUGAUGGAUGAGCCAAAACUGGUAGAAGAGUUGACUCGCGCCUUGCACGAUGGUACUUCCGGAACCAUGCCUAUUACAGUCAAGUGCCGAAUCGGCACUGAUUCUCAAGAAGCAUUCACAAAGGCAGGAUAUGCACAAGCGGACGAGGAAGUGGAGUACCGAAGACUGUGCGAGUUCAUUGAGACCAUUGCUGGUGGUGGCAUAGUGACUGACUUUCAAGUCCAUGCUCGUAUUGCUGUGCUUCAAAAGUCCUUUUCUCCUGCUGAUAACCGAAAGGUGCCUCCUUUGAAGUACAAUCUUGUCCGAAGACUUGUUCACGAUUAUCCAGAAUUGUCUUUUUCCAUUAAUGGUGGUGUGGAGUCUGUGGUACAAGCCCAACAAGAGUUUGAGGCCUGUCCAGAUUUAGCAGGGGUGAUGAUUGGGCGAGCAUGGGCAGCCGAUCCAUGGAGUUUUGCCAUGACCGAUAGAGUGCUCUAUAAUGAUUCCCAUGCUCCAAAAAAUCGGUUGGAAGUACUCCAAGCAUAUGGAAAGCAUGCCGACGCUGAAGAAAUGAAUGGUGAUCCCACCAAAAUUCGACGAUUCAUCAUCAAGGCAAUUACUCAUUUGUUCACAGGCGAGUCCAAUUCUAAACGGUACCGCAUCGCAUUGGAUCAAAUUGCAGGUAUCCCCAAAAAGAUGAAGGCCGAAGGGAAAACUAUCGAGGGUCAGCCUCCUGUUUCCGAGUUGAUUUUGAAUGCGGCCUAUGAACAUCUUUCGGAAGAGACCUUGCUGCGAUCGCCAGAAGAGAGCUACGAACGCAAAUUGCAUGAGGAAAUGAAUCGUCUUGGGAGUAUUGAUGGUAUGAAUACUCGAUCAAACGCCGUCGCACAGUGGCAAACGCAACGCAAAGAAGAAGAAGAGGAACUAGAAACAGCUUGA